GCCCGGCCACGCCGGAACAGAGCUGUGCCGGCCCCUGAGUCCCGUACAGGGACAAAUCCCCCUCCGAAAGCGUCGGCAGGGCGUGAAGGAGCCCCUUUUCCACUGCCCUCAGCCAGGCUCCGCUCCUUGCCCAUCUGCCGUGGCCGCUGGGCUGCGGGCCGUGGGGGACGCUGCCCCCGCCUUGGCUGCCUCCGCUGAUUUAUGAUACCCAUGGCUACUUGGAUUUAUUUCUGCACCCCGUUUGUUUCCUGGGGGUGGAUUUGUUCCAGUCUACGCAGUUGUGCCGUAUCCCAGAGGGUCCCGAACAGUUCCCCGCUGUGCUCCAAGCAGAGCUUCCGAAACUUCACAUCCCCUCACCCAGCCUGGCAGCGACCCCCGAGAGUUGCUUAUGGGGGAAGGAGCUGCCCAUCCAGCUGCAGCACCACCCUGCCAGAUGUGCCUCCAGGCUGUGCUGCGCCUGCAGCCCGCUCCAGAGAUCCUUCCCUGCCUCCUGCACUGCUGACCACCAACUGCACGGGGUCCCUGACCUGGCCCUGCGGGUCCUCCAACGGCUUGUGCCGUGGACUGCUGGGCUCCCCCCCACGCUCAGCAUGCCCUUUUCUGGUGCAGCCAGACCUUCCCAGGAAUCACUCUGGAGCUUGAGGCCAUCCUCUAGGGUAAGCAUUUUUCAUCCUUUCCAAACGUGAAAAGACUGGCCCUCUGUCUGGAUCCCCCUCCCGCCAAAGCAGCACGAGAGCGGUUCUUUGGGAAAGGUGAUCCCGCCAAGGUGCUGCCUGUGCCGGGCUGCUCUCCCAGCUAGCGCACGUCUCCCGUUCCCGGUAGGAAAUGGAGUCCAAGGUCUCCGAGGGCGGCCUCAACGUCACCCUCACCAUCCGGCUGCUGAUGCACGGCAAGGAAGUUGGAAGCAUCAUUGGGAAGAAAGGAGAGACUGUGAAGAAGAUGCGUGAGGAGAGCGGGGCAAGGAUCAACAUCUCAGAGGGGAACUGCCCUGAGCGGAUUGUGACCAUCACUGGCCCCACCGAUGCCAUCUUCAAGGCUUUUGCCAUGAUCGCCUACAAAUUCGAGGAGGACAUAACCAACUCCAUGAGCAACAGCACCGCUACCAGCAAGCCUCCAGUGACACUGCGGCUGGUGGUGCCUGCGAGUCAGUGCGGGUCCCUCAUCGGCAAGGGGGGCUCCAAGAUCAAGGAAAUCCGGGAGUCCACAGGUGCUCAGGUCCAAGUGGCGGGGGACAUGCUGCCCAACUCCACAGAGCGGGCGGUGACAAUCUCGGGGACACCCGACGCAAUUAUCCAGUGUGUCAAACAGAUCUGUGUGGUGAUGCUGGAGGUACAGUCUGUAACAAAGAGGUCCCCACCAAAAGGUGCCACCAUUCCCUACCGCCCAAAGCCCGCCUCCACCCCUGUCAUUUUUGCAGGUGGUCAGGUAAGAGCCGACCCGCUUGCAGCCUCCACUGCCAACCUCAGCCUUUUACUGCAGCACCAGCCGCUGCCCGCCUAUACAAUUCAGGGACAAUACGCUAUUCCACACCCAGAUCAGUUGACCAAGCUCCACCAGUUGGCUAUGCAGCAAACCCCCUUUACUCCCCUUGGACAGACCACCCCCGCUUUCCCUGGAGAAAAGCUGCCCUUACAUUCCUCCGAAGAAGCUCAAAAUCUGAUGGGCCAGUCAUCAGGUUUGGAUGCCAGUCCCCCGGCCAGUACUCAUGAACUCACCAUUCCCAAUGAUUCGGUUGGGGAUCAAUCUGCAGCACAAAGUGCCUGUUGGACUUUACUCCGUCGGUAGCUUGCCCAGGUACAAUCCUUAAUGCUCCAUUUUCCUUUCCAAGUGAACUCAGUGCUCAUGAAACAUGCCCAGUUGACAGCAUUGGGAAAGGGAGAGAGCUCCCAUGCCAGCUCUGAUUAAACUCUUAAUUGCUUAAUCAGGCCGUGGCGGGUCUGAGAUGAUGUUCCAGCUCAAGGGUAGUGAUGGGCUGGGGUGGUGGGGGAGAGGAGGUAAGUAAGUGACAUUUCUGAUGCCACAAAGUGCCACAUAAGUGUCUGAAGGACAGUGUGUUUCAGUACUGCUGGCAGGCAGCUGUGGGGUCUGAUAGGUGGAAGCUUUGUGGUAACAUGGGUGCUGGACUGGGAUAUUUGCUGGGAGGAGGCUGGAGCCAUGUUGAGCUGGGAGGAGGUGGGAUGGAGAGCAUGACACAGCCACCACCUGGAUCCAUGAGCCUCACUUGCUUCUGGACUGGUUUCUGUGGAUUAAGACCCAGUCUGUGCUCAGAUCAGGAUGAGGGCAAGUGGAGGCAUGACAUCCAGUCUCUGUUCCCAUGUCCAUCACUAACAAGCACCUUUAGCCCAUCCUCAUCAGGAGUCUCUGGAUAGGGCCUGGCAGCAGUUGCUCUUUCUUCCUGCUGUUCAGCAGCAGCUGGCAGUGCCCUGGAAGGUCAGCAAUCCCGGCUGCAGCUGCCAGGCACCUCUGCCAAGACUUGUGUUCACCCAAGAAACAUGCAGUGCAAGAGCCUGUGAGCACCUGCUGGCUGAAACCCUUGGAGAUGCUUCACCCUGGGUCAAAUCACCACGGGAGGGAUCUGCAGAGCAGACAGUGGGGGCUGAUCCCAGAUCUGCUCCACCCAGCAAGGAUCCCUCUCCAGGAAGCUGCAGAGAGCUCUGCAAGCGCUCCUGAGGUUCCAGGAGCCAUGUCUGCUGAGCAUGCAGGACUGUAGCAGUGAAGGUAUCUUCAGAAAUAUGAAGAGACCCCUUGCGAAAGAACUCACAUGGGAGGAAAGGAUGCCAGGAGACCUCUGAGAGCUCAGGAGCACUUGGAGUGUUCACUCACCAGCGGCCGAGCUCUCACCAGACCUGGGAGAUAUUAGAUGUUAUCACCUGGACCUUGAAAACCUGCUCCUUAGCUCUCCCCAUUGUUGUUUCAAUGCCUUUAAAAAACCCACUGAACUCUCUCAGGAAGCAGAGGACAGGUUUGUGUUCCUUUAAGAGUCACCAGGUGUGUUUUAGUGGUGUAGCUUGGAGUUGUGCUACAGCGGAAUGAAAUCGGAUGAUACCCAUCUUGCUGCUCCUCUGACUGUCAGAAACUUGAAUGUUGUUCACCUUGGGUGUAGCUGAGCAUCUGCCUAAAUAAAACCUGCUCCUCAAGUCUCUCCAGCAGAUUUUCAUUUGCUAAACCAGCUCGGAGUUAUUUCUGUGAUGUGAAGACCAGGAUGGGCUGAACAUCCUCCCACAGACCCUGGGACAAUGUAUAUUGACAAUGGGACAAUAUACACCUUUCCAGUGUAUAUUUAGGUCCAUAUGGGAUAAACCACCAUGGCAGCCCCAUGGUCUGAUCAAAGGAUCAGGGAGUAUUUGGAGGAGUAAUCAUCUUUACUUAUACUGUACAGAAAUCCAGCAGCUGCCAAGAUGAACAUCCCGUGUAUAAAAUGCCCUUGGAAAAGAGCUUAAACGGCCUAAAAGAGCAUGCAGAGCACUUCAUGCCUGUAUUGGUCAAGCUGGAUAUCCCCGUAUGUGUUACCAAGCUUUGGAGAUGAUUUGAGGAGGAUGCACAAAUGAGCAAAGACCGUUGAAGAAAGUCAAAACACUGAGGAUCAUGGUGGAAAUUCAAGGGAUGAACAGUUGAGGAAAUUCAAGUCUCCAUCUGGCUCUCAUUUUUUCAGAAGUGUAUGAAAGACGUGUUUUUACGCAGAGUCCACCUCUUCUGUGGGUGCCCACUUGUGCCUGCUGGUGAGCCACUGGAUUGCACCAAAAGAGCUGGAGGGGGUAGCAGAGGCACUGAGGCUGUCUCAGUGGGAUAGAAGAAAUGUGGGAUGGGGUCACUGCACCAGCUGAUGAGGGGACUCCUGGGGUUGGCCUGUCCCCAGUGAAGGCAGCAGGCUUGUUUCCUUCUAGUAAUGUGUCCAAACCACCUUUGGGUUUGCUUUGGCUGGGAAGGGGAUAAGUACUUGCAAAACAUUGACCAUUGAUUAAACCAUGAAAAUUAUUAUUACUGAAAUGAGCCCUCCUUGAAGCCCUCUGAGGUGCUGGGCAUCAUGUGCAGAUAAUGGAGAUUCUUCCCCACAAGGAGCAGAGCAGGGCAGGACUCUGGAUGUGUCCUUGGAGGACCGUGCUCACACGCUGGUAGGAAUCACCCUGGGCUGUCCCUCUCCCGUUUUCAUGAGCAUUAAGGUCACUCUUGUCCCAGGCGUGCUCACAUCCUGCUGGUGACUGCCAGAGCCGCUGCUUCUCAGACAUUC